CGCAACGCAAGGCCGCCGAUCGCUUCGCUCGCUCACUCACGGAAGCCAAACACUUUGCCUCCGGCCGGCCGCCAGGUUACCUCCGGUCUGGCCAGUUCCUCCCGUAGGCCAAUAGCAAGAAACCCCGCAACAAUGCCUCACCACCACGGCGCGCUCCCCGACGAGGAGGCCCCGUCGCCGCGGCCCUCCGCCGCCGGCUGCUACACCUUCCUCCGCUCGGCCGCCUCCCGCCGCGGCCACGGCCACGGAUACCGGCGCCUCGAGUCGGCGUCCGUCGACGUGGUGAGGGUGGAGGUGGGCACGACGGCAAAGGCGAGGAGCGUGUUCCACGUGGACCCGGCAGUACUGGAGGCCGAGCCAGUGCGCCGGCUGCUGGCCGCGGCUGGGCGCCGGACCGCUGGCGGCGCGGUGGCGGUGGCCGUGGACGCGCUGCUGUUCGAGCACCUGCUCUGGCUGGCCGCCACCGACGGCGCGGCCGCCGACGACCUGUCGGAGAUCGUGGAGUUCUACUCGGAGGAGGAGGAGGACGAGGAGCACCACGACGACGGCCACGGGUUCAAGCUCAAGCGCUAGUUCAUUAAGCUUCUCCAAAGCUAUGAACUCGAUCCGUUUACCAGCGAUGAUCCUCAUCGUAUUACGCACGUACGCGUACACCAUAGCAUGUACUACUACCCCGUGUAGUAAUUCGAUCGUCCACUAGUACGUGCACUAAUUAAGCUGCUAGCCAGGGAUGCAUGAUCCACAUAUGUGUCUUUGACUCUGUGUCUGUGGAUCGAUUCAACUGGAUGCAGGUUCAUAGCGCGGAAGAGCGUGGAACCUGGUUAAUUACUUUAUGUAAGCUUAUUACUGAAGUUAAAUAAUAAUCUGAUGAUGGAGGAAACAUUUCUUUAGAACA